AUGAGCCAUUCAGCUUACUAUAACUACAUGCUUAGCAAACAAUCUAGCACUGCUUCAAGCAGUAUACAACCAGCUACCAAUAACAUUAAUGAUCAUACUCAAGAAUCAUCAUCAAAUGUUAGAACCAUUCCAUAUACUUAUGAAUUACUUGAUUCACCAACAUCAUUCAUUAAUGAUUAUGAAUUUGAAUCAGUUAAUGAAACUAGACCAUUACAAAUUAGUCCAUCAGUUUCUAAUCAUUCUUCAUCAGAUUUUGAAAUUGGGAACUUUGGAUAUAAUCAAAUUCCUCAAAUUCAACCAAAUGAUUGUUUACAACCUGAAUUUCCACCAUUACCAAUACCUGAUUUAUUUGAUCAAUCUCAACAAAUCCUUCAAUUUGUGUCAGCUCAAACAAUUCAUGAUUAUGAAUUUCCACCAUUACCAAUUCCUGAUUUAUUUGAUCAACCUCAACAAAUAUUUCAAAUUGAGUCUCAAGAAAUUGAGUAUGAAUUUCCACCAUUACCAAUUCCAGACCUUGACAUAGCUCUUCAAGUUAUUCAACUUGAACAAACAUAUGAACAGUUCAUGGAAGAAAAUAAUCUUGAGUAUUUAAAUCUAGAGAGUUAUUAUGGUUCCGAUAAUAUUGAAUUUCUUAUGUAUUAG